UUUUGCAGAUGGCGGAGCUGAACUAUGUAGCGGUGGCUGAGGAGGUCAAGGAGAACAAGUUUGAUCCUGACUGUUGCAGAUUUUGCAACCACAUAGCAUAUUGUCAAGAAGUCCCCUAUGAUGAAGAUGAUGAGGGUGCCAGAGCAGAUUGUGAGGACUCAGGGGAUGAACCAGAGGAUGCUGUCCCCAUAGAGGUUGGGGAAAUAGAUCCAACAUUGGAUGUUUCUGAUAGUGCAAAAGCGACAGACCCGGUGAAAGAAGGCGUAAAGCCGCGCAUUCAAUACCUGGUCCCAGAUCCAACAGAUGUGCUGAUCGAGUGUGCUCUACUGGAUGAGGUGCUAGCGAGAGGCCCAGUUGGGGAUGGUCCGGUCAGCUUUGAGUAUGAGCAUCCCCCAAAGCCCCGUGUAGGGAAGAAGCUGAAAAAGAGGAGACCUAAGACGGAUUACUGCAGUGAUACCUGUUGUGAUUCUGAUUAUGUAGAUGACUCGGACAGACCGCGCCUGGACUUCUGUCAUUAUAGUUGCUGCAACUCUUCUGAUGAGUGGUCGUUAACAGAAACUGAUGAUAAUAGCGAUUUUGAGAGUGAAAAUGUCGAGCAGGGGGGGGUGCAAACUGAUGGUGUCGCACCCAAGGUGCCCCCCGUCCCCACUCUACUGAAUGAGGAGACAAUGUGGGGCCCUGCUGGGGAUAGCAUAGAGAGCUCUAAAGAUGAGCAUUACCCACAGCCCUCUGUAGGGAAGAAGCUGAAAAAGAGGAGACCUCUGCUGAGUUACUGCUAUGAAAAUUGCUGCUAUUCUAACAGCUCAGAUGAUGAGUAGAGACCAUAUGCGCCAUACUGUAAUCUUAGUUGCUGCAAGUCUUCUGAUGAAUGGUCGAUAACUGAAACCGAUGAUAGUGAUUUUGAGCCUUUAGGAACACCAGGGGGGAGAAAAGGAGAUCCCGAGUUGCGGGUUGA